UCUGCAGAGGGAAGACGAUGAGUUGAGGAUCUGUUUCAGACUCACAGCAGCAACAUGGAUGAAGCUGAGGUGAUGUAUACUGAUGUGAAGUUCACAAGAAAAAAGGCCAGAGAUCCUGUUUCUUCAUCUGACGAUACAACUUAUUCUGAAAUACAGAGUUGCCAAAGAAGAGAGGCAGUUUGUCCCAAAUGUUCAGCAGAUGCUCCACAGAACAAAUCAAACAGGUCAAAGAUCCUCCUGCUGAGUAUCAUUGCUUUACUGACAGCUGCUGCCAUCGCACUUGGACUGACUGUUGUUAUUUUGAUCAUCAACCCCCCCUGCUAUUCUGGAAAAGAGAAGAAUGAAAUUACACCAGGAAAAAAUCAAAGCAGCACAUGUCCUCCACCUAAAGUAAAAAAUGAAAUGUGUCUGAAGUGUGAAGCAGGCUGGGAGCUACAUGGAGUGAACUGUUAUUAUUUCUCCAACAAUACGUCCACCUGGACUGAGAGCAGAGAUUCCUGCAGACGUCUGGGAGGAGACCUGGUGAAGAUCGACAGCAGAGAGGAGCAGAUGUUCCUGGAGAGGAUAGUGAAAGAGAAAAUGACAAAUGAUGAAGAUUCGUUCUGGAUCGGACUGACGGACUCAGAGAAAGAAGGCAGCUGGGUUUGGGUGGACGGAUCUCCACUGAAGGAAAGUUUGAGUUUUUGGGGAAACAACCAGCCUGAUGGUAAGGGUGGAAGACCAGAAUCAGAGGUGGACUGUGUGAGAACAAAGAAGAGAGAAAACUCUAUCAAGUGGUUUGAUAGAUAUUGUAAAGAAAGACUGAGAAGUAUUUGUGAGAAAACAGCAGAAACUCAGAUGUGUUUGUGUUUCUGAAGUUUAGUCCAGCAAACAGCCUCUGAUCUCUGAACAGAAACACAUUUUAUCAGAACGAUUUAAAAUAAUUUAAGUUCUUUAACAAAAAUAAGAAAAAAACAAUAAUUUGUUCCAACAGCAGAUCUCCUGUAAAAAUGUAAUAAUCAAUA